AUGGCCUCACUCAAGCGGAACAGAGCAUCGGCGGGCGACUCGGUCGACUCGAAGAAGCCUCGCAGAUCAGCACGCCUAUCGCACGUGGAAGACGAGGGCGAGCAGGUCAAGCAGGGCGCUUUACCCUCCCCGGUAACACGACGAGACACCACCGAGGACGAGCAAACCAGAGACAUCACCGCCUCCCCGCCGGCCAAGCACGAGGAGGUUCAGCAGCGCGCAACCCCCAGGUCGAGUCCGGCCCCAGCGUCCCAGGCCAACGGUCUGUCGUCACCACCGUCCGACACGCAGCCUUUCUCGCAGUUCAUCCCGCCCCCGCCCAUCGCGUACGAAGUAGAAGAUGAAGAGGCCGAGGGGGUGUGGGGUUAUCUGGUACCAGUAGACGGCUUCUCCGACCCUCUCGUCUUCCGUGAUCGCGCGGCAUGUCCAAUACCGCCCAGAAAGCUUGGCGAGGCCAGUGGGCGACAGAAAGUCCCCAAGAAGCACUGGAAGAAGAAGGAGGACGAAUAUGAAGUCGACAAGAAUACGAAAGGCAUUCCCGUCGGAGGCUAUCUACUCGGACGGCACCCAGAGUGCGACCGCAUCAUUAACGGUCUCACGGUGAGCAACAGACAUGCACUGUUCUUCAACGAGAAGAAAGGCGGCAAUAGAAUUGCUGUGCUUGAAGAUCUCAGCGGGAAUGGCACGUAUGUCAACGAUGCCUACGUCGGUCGCAACAAGCGGAGAGAGCUGUCGGAUGGCGACGAGAUUUCCAUCCUUGACCAGGCGCGCUUCAUCUUCCGCUAUCCACGCAGCAGAGGGACCGGCCAGUUCCACUCGCACUACGCACUGCAAGGACAGCUUGGUAAAGGCCACUUCGCGACUGUUUACUUGGCUACUGAGAAGAGCACGGGCAUACGAUUCGCAGUGAAGAAGUUUGAGAAGCGAGGGGGUCCCGGCGAGCGGAGUAAGGUUGACGGCUUGCAGCAGGAGAUUGCCGUCUUGAAGGGUGUCAGUCACCCGAACAUGCUGUGCUUGAAGGACACGUACGACGAGAACGAUGGCGUGUAUCUCAUACUCGAGCUUGCACCCGAAGGAGAGCUCUUCAACUGGAUCGUGAUGAAGCAGAAGCUGUCAGAGGUGGAGACCAGGAAGGUUUUCAUCCAGCUGUUUCAAGGUGUCAAGUAUUUGCACGAGCGCAACAUCGUCCACCGAGACAUCAAGCCAGAGAAUAUUCUCUUGACCGACAAGAACCUCAACGUCAAGCUCGCGGAUUUUGGUCUGGCGAAGAUUAUCGGCGAGGAAUCGUUCACCACCACCUUGUGUGGCACUCCGUCGUACGUCGCACCUGAGAUCCUGCAACAGACGAAUCACCGCCGAUACACCCGCGCUGUCGAUGUUUGGUCGCUUGGUGUCGUUCUCUACAUCAGCCUCUGCGGGUUUCCACCAUUCUCCGACGAGCUCUACUCACCCACGAACCCAUACAACCUCUCCCAGCAGAUCAAGAUGGGCCGCUUCGACUAUCCAUCACCCUACUGGGAUAGCGUCGGCGAUGAGGCGCUCGACCUCAUCGAUCGCAUGCUUACCGUGGAUGUGGACAAGCGCAUCACGAUCGACGAAUGCCUGGAGCAUCCCUGGACCACACAGCAGUCGAUGAGUGUCACCGAUAGUACCGAUGGACUCACAGGCGCACUGGCCGGGCUUGACUUCAGCAAGCGGAAGCCGCAGCGAGAGCGCACACUUCUGAGUUCGAUCAACGAUGUGAAGGUCGACCAGGUACUUGACCCUCCGACAGACAACAAGCCGCCUGUUAAGGUGUUCAACAAGAACGCUGGGCCACGCUUUGUCACGAACAACGUUAAGGGUGGAAAGAACGACGCGAAUGCGCAUGUGGAGAAGACCGUCGAGCCUGAACCGGCGGCCGCGAGGGACCCGGAGGAGUUCAUAGAGAUGGGUGGGAAGGGGGAUCAGGUCCUGUACGAGGGAGGGAACGAAAGCCGGUACCCAGAGCAGACGUUGAAGGCUGGAGCGCCGGAGGAGUGA